GCAAAUUUCUCUAAAGAAAAUCCUCAUUUUUUGGGCUUUUUUCAUGAUUUAUUAAAACAAAAUUAUCCAACUAUUUAUUCCAUCUUUAUGCAUCAAAGAGAGUUCUUACUUCUGUACUCUGCAUUUUUUUCCUCAUAUAAUGCAUUUCAAACGUUUCCUCUGCUCCGCAACCGCCACCCGCCGCCGCCACCCCCACCGCCAACAGCGAGCGGUAAAGCAAGUGGAGAAAUCCAACUUCUCGGAGGCUUUAUCCGAUAUCAAAGCCCGCAUAACCGAUUCCGAUUUCAUAGCUAUUUCGCUGCAGAAAACCGGCGGCCACUCGGCGCCGUGGCAGAGAACCCUUCCCAUCGAUACGUCGGAGACGGCUUACCUCAAGUCCAAGCGCGCUGCCGAUCGGUUCCAGAUUCUUCAGUUCUCGGUCUGCCCUUUCUCGGUUAGAGAUACUAAGCUCAUUACGCAUCCGUAUAAUUUCCACUUGUUCCCUAGAGACGAGUUGAAAAUCGGGAUGCCAUCUUAUAGUUUUUCGUUUCAGUCUUCAUAUUUGACUUCCAUGGCCGGAGAAGGUUUUGAUUUUAAUGCCUGUAUAAACAAUGAUGCUCUGAUAAGUGCUUUGAGAAAAAUUGUAUCAGGAAGUGAGGUUUAUGGUGAUAGACCAUCCUUAACUAUAGAUGUUUGCAGUGAACGUCAAGUGCAGCUUGCUUUGGAUGCAUUGAAAGAGUUUUCUGAUGUAAUACCACUACGUCAACAAGUUCCUCUAAAAGGAGGGGGUGUGCAAGCUGUUCGAGCUGUUCUGACAAGUUCAGAAGAAGACAAGAACCUUCUGGAGAAAGAAAUUGAGAAUAAGGAACAAGAGCAAAGGCUGCAAGUUGUUGGAUUUCGAGAGGUGAUAGAAUUGAUUUCAGCUUCUGAGAAACCUGUUGUUGCGCACAACUCACUUAAUGAUUUUACUUUUAUACAUUCAAAGUUCAUAGCUCCACUUCCACCAACUAUGGAUGAGUUCACAACUACUCUGCAUUCGGUCUUUCCCUACAUUCUUGACCUCAAUCAUCUCAUGAAGGAAAUUGGGGCGUUUGAGAAAAUGAACAACAUAUCAGGAGCGAUUUCUUAUUUGGAGAGCAGAUUCUCUGCACCAAUAACCAUGGAGAUCUCCAAUCGAGAGGAUGCUGGCGAAGUCGAUAUUUAUGGCCAUAUUGUUCUGAGAGUAUGCCGUCUAUUUGUGAUAUUGUGCUCCAUAUUGAAAAUCUCUCUGGAGGUUCCUGAAGGCCAAAGUAGACAAUUAUCUCAUUCUCUUCAUCGCUACACGGAUAAGUUAUAUCCAUGCUCGACUAAAUCUACAGAACCCGACGCUGAAAAUGUGAGAAUUUCGACUGGAAACAGCCGAAUAGUUAGCACUGACAAUAUAGUAUUCUUGUGGGGAUUCAAAGGUGGAUUAUCUGCCCGAGGUUUAAAAGACCUUCUAUGCGACUCACAUGAUGUGUUCUCUGAACAUUUUGAUGUCCGGAUGAUUUGUAGGACCUGUGCAGUAGUCGUAUUCUGGACUCCUGGUUUUUCAGAGCGUUUUCUCAGAAUAAUGGACUCUGGAGAUACUUUUUCUGGUAAGUUCAGAGAUAUGAUAUCAGUAGGUCUAAGAGCUUCGAGCUAUGAGAUGUAUAGAAAGGUGUGCGAGUCGGGUUCAUGGAAAUCUGAUUUAGCCGAGUGCUUAGACCAAGCCAUGGAUGAAACUGAAAAUAUUUCAGAAGCCAAAUCAGAGGAUAAGAAGUCAGUAAUUUACUGGAAUGAGGAUGAUAUGAUUAACUUUGACGACCUUUAAGAUAUUCAUUUUUUUUCAUUUUCCAUGGUCUCUCCUGCAUCUCAGUUCGAAUUCAAAGCACUGGGUUUGAGAUGCCUCAUUUAUAGGAGUUGAUGAAUUUGUUGGCCAUGUAACUAGAGGACAGCUGUACCAUCCGGAGCGCAAUAUUUGUAGUGAUAUCACUCAACUAUUCUGGUGAAAAAGUCAGUUGACCCUCUUGGAAGAUUGACCUCAGAGCAUGCACGCGAUGUCAUGUUCAGUUUUCUUGUGUGGCUUAAAUUUUAAGUGUUUUUGUCACUGGACUUGUUGAGUACCGAUUAUUAGGUAAGUGGGAGCAGUUGGUCCUUCCCUCAUGGGCUUUUUCACCAUUGGAUCACACACACGUUGAUAUGUAUUCAGCGAAUAGUAAAAGAGUCCGUGUGGCAUUCCCCACACGGGUAGGUAAAGGAUUUUGCUGUAAAUUUUGCUUUACUCAAGUUUGAAAGUGUUGCAAGUUGCAACACAGUUGCUGAGCAAAGAUAAUCCAUGUUGGGCAACAUUUCAUAUUAUCAUAUAAAUUAUUGUUACUAGAAAAUGGAAUUCGAUUUUCUCCAAA